CUUCGCUCUGUAGAACAAAAGCCAACUUACAGAAGCUGCCUGUUAGAGAGAGCGAGAGAAAGAAAAAAAACUUUAAAGAAGCUAAUAAAGUACAAGAGAACUUCGAAGAGCAUCCGCCAGAUCUCUUGGAUUACAAAAUAACGACGUCUGGAGAACCAGUUUAAGGUUCUUCAUUCCUCUACAUACCUAAUCCAGCAAACUUCUGGACCUCAGUUCACCUCACCUCCUUGUUCCACCCUCUGAGAGAUGGUAACGUUCAGCAAGAACCCUGCUGUCAACGAAGACUGCUUUAUGGUUGCCAAUAUGCAGAAGCAAUACCACUACAAGACUUUUGUCUCAGAGGAUCAGUUUCUGAUGGUUCUGGAGACAUUACGUGGACUCAGAGAGAGUGACUUUUACUGGAGCGCCAUUACUGGGAAGGAGGCCGGUAUUGUCCUGGCCAGGCAGGCGCCCGGUACCUUCCUGAUCCGGGAGAGCUCCGACAGGCAGCACCUCUUCACCCUCAGCGUCAAGACAAAAACCGGCACCAAAAAUCUGCGCAUAGUCUGCGAGGAAGACUCCUUCCACUUGCAGACGGAUCCUGGGAAUGUGGAAAAAGCUCCCCGCUUUAACUGUGUGCUCAAGCUAGUCGAUUUCUAUAUCCGACUAGGGACAUCAGGUUUUGUCUACUACAUCAACGCUGGAGGGGAGAGGAUGCCUCUUAUGCUCGUCAAACCACUCUACCUAUCCAUUUCACCUUUGAAGCACCUUUGCAGGAAGAAAAUUAACAAAGACUUGGACAUUUCAGGCAUAAAAGAGAAGCUUCCUGGCAAAGUUAAAGAAUACCUUGAUAGAUACCAGAUUGCUCUCUAGACUGACGCCAAUGAAAACGGGAUGGUGCCAGUACAGCUAUGGGAGGACACCCAUGUAUGAUGUAGCAGAGAUGAUUGAAUCGGGCCCAGAGGAGCAAAUGAAAGUGCAGAUUCUCUUCAGUUUGUCAGAAGACACAACGAGGAGAAUGAGAAAAGCAGCGUUGUGAUCUGGUGAUAUGAAAACGAGAGAUAAGCCACGCCGUCCUCCUCUGCCUCACUGAUGACGUACAACUCAUUAAGAACUCAAGUGAAGUUCAGAGUCAGCUGUCUAUUAUGUGAUGACACAAACUUUCCUGUGCUGCUGCUGAUGCUAAUCAGCACCCUGAGAGACUGACAAGUUCAUAAACGAAAGCCUUAGAAGACGAUCAAUACAACCAAGGCUGGACUUGCUCUAAGCAAACCCAUAGAUCUGCAGCCGAAUGUUCCCAGACAUCGGAAGCCUAAGAGCUUAACAGAUACUGUGGAUGCUUGUGGUUUUUGUUUAUGGGUCAGGAUUAAACAAAAUGUUAACAAAAUGUUAACCUGUGUGUUGCUUCAGGGGGAUGGGAGAUUAUGCCAAAAAUUGCCAGAACAACAUGGAAGCGUGUUGGAAAAUGACUGACUCAGAAUCCUACAAGAGAGUAGAGAUGAACAACUCUGUUCUAAGAGAUUUGGUUGUUUUGUGUGUGUGUGUGUGUGUGUUGUGGCACAGAGAUCAUAUCCAGUGCCUGUAGAUGAACUAUAACAUUGGUUAUAUCAUGUUUUUAUAUAAGGGGAGUAGAUCAAGUAUUUACUUUUCUCUAUACCAUGUUUACAUAAUGAAAUUGUAUAUUGUUUUUGUUUUAUUUGUGGGUGUGUGUGAUCUUUUUUUUUUAAAGAUGUAUUUUUGUCAGCCAAACUCUGGUUGUGGAUGCUUGAAGAUAUCUGAGAAGUUUGACAAAGUAAGCAGAUUAAUACAACUUUGCACUUAUUUAUAUUUGUCUAAACAUAUUAAUUUAUAAUAAAGUCAUAUUUUUAUUAAAACAA